AUGGAUGCUUUUCUCUUGUUUCCUGAAACUCACUCAAUCUCUACAACCCUUUCAAUUUUAAUCGUGAGGAAACCAAUUCAACAAAAUAGAAAACCUUUUGAUUUGAUAGUCUCUAAUAACGUCUGUGACAUAAUGUUGAGUCAACUUUCUACCCCUUGUCUGAAAGGCGAUAGACUGACCAUUACAAUCCUGGAAUAUGAGUACAAUCUUGGGGUUGAAGCUUUCAAACACCAUCUUCAUGGAAGAGUGUUUUGGUCAAAAGGAUUAACACUAUUAACAGUGGUGAAUUUGAAAAACAAAUUGAUGGAAAUGUGGCUAUUGAUCGAAAAUGGGGUGUUACUUCAUUGGGGGAAGGGAUUCUUUGAAUUUCCUUUCUCUUUAGAUGUUCAAAGAGUCAGGUCGGUGAAUGCCCGGACAAUGUCUCAAGGUGUCCUCAAAUUGUUCCCAUGGUCGAAGGACUUUGUUCCAUCUACCAUCAAACAAACAUCGGCAUAG